AUGGCCUCACGAGGAUUCGAGGACGAAGAGUUGACUAUGUCGCUCUCGUCUCAGGGCCGCCGAAAAACAACCGGAAACGGCCAGUCCCAAGGGCAGGAUGAUGGGAGUGUACUCGCACCAGCAAGGGGCGUCGACAGCCCGAGGGGUCCGCUGCGAGAAAAGAUCAAGACUGAACAACGCAUCGGCGCCUACAAAGUCCUUAAAACUCUUGGAGAGGGCUCGUUUGGAAAGGUGAAGCUUGCUAUUCACCAUAGCACCAAUCAGCCCGUUGCUCUCAAGAUUAUUGCACGGAAGAAGCUCAUUAGUAGGGAUAUGGCUGGCCGCGUCGAGAGAGAGAUCGAAUAUCUCCAGCUUCUUCGACACCCCACAUCAUUAAACUUCGUGCCACCGUUUACUAACCGAGUCACCCUCGCUCUUAGAUAUACCGUCAUCAAGACGCCAGCGGAAAUUAUCAUGGUUCUUGAGUACGCCGGCGGCGAGCUGUUCGAUUACAUUGUCCAAAACGGUCGGAUGAAAGAAGCCGAGGCCCGGCGGUUCUUCCAGCAGAUGAUAUGCGCCGUCGAAUACUGCCAUCGCCACAAGAUUGUCCACCGAGACUUGAAGCCGGAGAACCUACUUCUCGACGAUAACCUCAACGUAAAGAUCGCCGAUUUCGGUCUCAGCAAUAUCAUGACUGACGGGAACUUUCUUAAAACGAGUUGUGGCAGUCCUAACUACGCCGCCCCUGAGGUCAUUGGCGGCAAACUUUACGCCGGCCCCGAAGUCGACGUCUGGAGCUGCGGUGUUAUCCUUUACGUAUUGCUAGCGGGGAGGCUCCCUUUCGAUGACGACCAUAUCCCUAGCUUGUUCGCGAAGAUCGCGAAAGGCGCUUACACCAUACCUCAAUGGAUGCCGACCGGCGCUGUCAAUCUCAUCAAGAAGAUGCUCGUCGUGAACCCUGUUCAGCGUGUUACCAUUGAGGAUAUCAAGGAUGACCCUUGGUUCAUGACGGACCUCCCGCCUUAUCUUCAGGGCACAGCUGAAGAAUUUCUCAACACUGGUGUCCAAGAGAAGCUUCACGAAGAAGUUACGGAGAAGAUUAGCAAAACCAUGGGUUACGGAAAGAAGGAUGUCCAAGAGGCCCUCGAGUCCGAAGAGCCCUCAACUAUCAAGGACGCCUACUUGAUCUUCCGCGAAAACAAGCUAAUGGAAGUGAAUCGCUGCAACAAGCCCAAUGCCAUCUAUGUCAUCCGCCCGCUCGACUGCCCUCACCCCUGUGAACCCUCCCAAAAGUCCAAGCCGGUGCGGUGGCAGUUCGGUAUUCGAUCACGUAAUGCGCCGUGGGAAGCUCUGCUUUGCAUCCAUAAAGCACUCAAUAAGCUCGGCGCUACGUAUCUCCCGGACGAGGACUAUGACAAGGUACAUGGACAAGACUGCGAGGACCAUGGCGAUGACGAGGGUCUUGAGAGCGCGAAUGGCAGCUUUGCCGAUGACUAUAGUGGCGCUCCGUUGCGGAGAUGCAAUCAUUCCUCGAGUAGCGUGGACCCUUCGCCUCGAUACAAGCUACCAGCCGAUCCAUGGAGAAUCAAAGUGCGCUGGGAGUCUAACAGUCUUGGCAAGGGCUCUUUCUCCCGGCUGGAUAACCAAGACGGAGCGCGGGAUGUUAGGGCAUUUGUCGCUAUGCACCUUGAUAUCCAGAUCUAUGAGAUGGAACCGGGCGUCUACUUGGUUGACUUCAAGUGCUCGGGAUAUGAAACCCAUGACGGGAUACUACUUGACGAGAAGGAAAUCAUGAGCCCUUUCCCGUUCCUAGAUAUGGCGGCUCGUUUGAUUAUGCAACUAGCUGAAGCUGAUUAG